AUGGCCGAACCAUUAUGGGAAGAGCUUCUCGGUCAAGACAACUGGCAAAACCUGUUGGAACCACUUGACCUAUCCCUUCGAAGACUCGUCCUUCGAGCUGGCGACUUCUGUCAAGCCACUUACGACACUUUCAUCAACGACCAAAACUCCAUCUACUGUGGAGCUAGCCGUUACGGCAAACCAUCCUUCUUCCACAAAGUCAUGCUCGAAGAGGCAAGACACUACGACGUUGUUUCGUUCCUUUACGCCACAGCUCGUGUAAGUGACCAUGAAGCCUUCUUUCUAAGCUCCAUGUCAAGAGAGUCUUGGGACCGUGAGACUAACUGGAUCGGUUAUAUCGCGGUAACGUCUGAUCAAAGGACAGCUGAGAUUGGAAGGCGAGAGAUCUAUGUUGUGUUUCGUGGGACGACGAGUAACUACGAGUGGGUUAAUGUGAUGGGAGCCAAGUUGACUUCGGUUAAAGAUCUGUUGGUGGACGGUCGAGAUGGUCCUGAGGUUAUGCUUGGAUGGUUCACUAUUUAUACAACGGCUAAUCCUAACUCACCUUUCACCAAGAUGAGUGCACGUUCGCAGCUUCUCACCAAGAUCAGUGAACUGCUAGAGCUAUACAAGGACGAGAAGCCUAGCAUAAUCCUCACGGGACACAGUCUCGGUGCAACUAUAGCGACUCUUGCAGCGUUGGACUUGGCAGAAAACGUUACAAGCGGCUAUAGCGAUGUACCGCCCGUGACGGCUAUUGUAUUUGGUUCUCCGAGAGUUGGCAACAGAGAAUUCUUAAACAGAAUCAACGAACAUGAUAACGUGAGGAUAUUGCACGUGAAAAACGAAAUUGAUCUUAUCACUCGUUAUCCAGCUAAGAUAAUGGGGUACGUCAACAUUGGGACCAAACUCAAAAUCGAUACAAGAGUUUCACCUUCUCUUAAAGAAACUCAUCACCCUGGUGACUGGCAUAACCUUCAGGCGAUGUUACAUGUAGUAGCGGGAUGGAACGGGAAGAACCAGAAGUACGAGAUGAAAGUGAAGAGAAACAUAGCGUUGGUUAACAAAUCAUGUGCACUGUUGAAAGAGGAGUGUUUGGUUCCCGAGUGUUGGUGGGUGGAGAAAAACAAAGGUAUGAUCAAGACUGAGGAUGGAGAUUGGGUCAUGGCUACUCCAGACGAUGAAGACAUGCCUGUCGUGGAGUUUGAGUGAUUUAUCAUUGAUUUGGUUUGUUGUAUGUAUG